AUGAGAUCUAUUUAAGUAGUCGACCUUUUUCAAUAAAUGCUUCUCCACAAGCAGUGUCCGAAUCAAACUUAGGACCAAAUGAUUAAGGUACACUAUUUUUUUUUAGUAAAAAAACAAAUACAUUUUUCUUCUAGUAAAUUGCAGUACACAGUGACACAAGUGUCAGUACUCAAGAACUCAAGUAAUAAAAAAUUGAACGAAGGUUUGAAAAAUGAUGAACAAACAAGUUCUUCUAGUUCUAUUUACUACUCAUUCUUCACUCUCAAAUUCUCAACCUCUAUAACUAAAAACAAACACAAAAUGUCACAGCGUGUGUUAAUCUCAAUCUCAAUUUACAUUAUUACCCUCCAACUAACUUCAUCAUCUACUACUUCACAUUACUUUUCGCCAUCACCACCAGCCACACCAUUCUCCGAAUCUUCCCCCGAACCACCCUCCUCCACUGUCUCCGAUUGGCUCUCCGCUCACGCCACAUACUACUCCGCCACUGAUGACACCAGAGACGCAGUAGAUGGAGCGUGUGGCUACGGAGACACUCACAGAGACGGUUACGGUAUAACGGCAUCAGCUGCUCUGAGUGAAACUCUAUUCGUGCGUGGUCAGAUCUGUGGUGCGUGCUUUGAGCUUCGAUGUCUUGAGGAGGAUGUUCCUUUUGAUCGUCGGUGGUGUGUCUCCGGUAAGUCGAUUGUUGUGACUGCUACUAAUUUCUGUGCUCCGAAUUAUGGUUUUGAUGCGGAGAGUGAAGGUGGACAUUGUAAUCCUCCUAAACAACAUUUUGUGCUUCCGGUUGAAGCUUUUGAGAAGAUUGCUAUUUGGAAAGGGGGUAAUAUGCCGGUGAAGUAUCGCAGGAUAAAGUGCAUAAGGGAAGGUGGAAUGCGGUUUACGAUUACUGGUUCCGGCAUCUUCAAUUCAGUGCUGAUCAGUAAUGUGGGUGGCAUAGGAGACAUUGUUGGUGUCAAAGUUAAAGGUUCAAGAACUGGUUGGAUUUCUAUGGGUCGGAAUUGGGGUCAAAACUGGCAUGUAAAUGCUUUGCUACAAAACCAACCUCUUUCAUUUGAGGUCACUAGUAGUGAUGGGGUAACCAUUACAUCUUACAGUGUAGCUCCCAAGAAUUGGAGCUUUGGACAAACCUUUGAAGGCAAGCAAUUUGAGUCUUAGAAAAAGCAUAAGAACUUAACUUGUUUCAAAGGACCAUAAAUUAGGAUUAUUAUCAGUUUUGAUCAGUUCAACAUGACUUCUUGUCACAUAUCCUA